GGGAAGGCGGAUGCAGUGAUAAAGUGACAACAACGCUCACUUCCGCUUGGUUAAGAAAAGAGAGAGAGAGAGAGAGAGAGGGGAGGGAGGAACAAGCGAGAUCAAGCAAGGAUCGGCGGCUGUUCUCGCCGUGGUGGUCACCUUCUGUCGUCAAGCUCCCUCAGCGCGGCCCAGGAAAAAUGUUAGCUGCUGAUGAAUUUUCGCUGGCUGAUGCUCUACCAGAGAGUUCUCCUGCCAAGAGUUCCUCUGUGGGCAAUACGAAGCCACCUCAACAGCCCAGUCAGCCUCCACAAGCCUGGCCAACCUCUAGUCCCUGGAAUAAUGCCCCAAGUGCUCCUCCCGCAGCUCCAUCCGGUUUGCCUCCUAGCUCAUCGACUUCCAACGUGCCUUUUGGACCGCCACCAACAGGAAUGUAUCCUUCCCUCCCCCCUGGGGCACCAGUUCCUUUUCCUCCUCCUGGUUCUACUUGUCCUCCAGGUGCUCCAUAUCCACCCCCUGGUCCUGCCCCACCAGGGCAAUAUCCACCACCAAACAUGCCCUUCCCAGAGAUUCCAAGGCCAUAUGGGGGUCCCACCGAACCAGGUGCUCCCCCUGCUGCUGUUGGAGCAUGGGGAUCCAUGCCCACUGGAGGUUGGGGAGCCUCAGUUGGGGGACAGUAUCCUGCACCUAGUGUGCCAUAUCCACCUCCAGGGCCAUAUUCCACUCCCACUCAGACUCCAGGGGCUGCUCCUACAGUGCCUUGGGGUGCUGUCCCCCCAGGACCAUGGGGACCUUCGCCUCCUGGCCCAUAUCCUCCGCCAACAGGAUCCUAUCCAGCUCCAGGGAUGUACCCAACGCCACCUAAUCCUUACCAAGUGCCACCUGCGCCUGCUGGAGCACCAUCCAUACCUGGUGGCCCUCAUCCCUACCGUUGAACUUGUGGCAGGCUGAUGAGGUACUGCCUCCCUACCUAUUUACACAGAAAAGUUUUUAGUAAUCUUUUGGAGUCUUGAAGAGCCUACCUGUCUUCUGCCAGCCCAUUUGUGGUGUGAGGGAGCACUCCUCCAACGCUUAUUUUGUGUGAGAUGGAUUAGGAUAAACAACUUGACUGCCCCAGCUCUCUAAUCCUUACUCUAGUCAAGAUUUUAUCAAGUGACAUUAGCCUAAUGAGUAAGGACUAACCCUGGAUCAAUACUACAACUAUUAAUUGCUGAUUUAGAGGAUUGGCCUGAUUGACUGACCACAUCUUAAUUAAUUUCAGUUACCCGGAGAAGCUUCUGAAGAAAUGAGCUAGGCACCCUUCAUCAAAUUGAAGAGAAGCAAAGAACAUUAAUUUAAAGCAGUUCUCGGUAUCAGACUUGAUUUGUUCCAUUUGAGAAACCUUGUAGAGAUGAACAUCUGAUAUCUGAUGCUUAGUUCGUACAACAAACAACCUUGGGGAGCAUCAGUUUGGUUUAGAUGUUCAGGUAGUUCAAAUAGAUAUUUCUGACAUGAGUUUUCCAGCUCUAUUAGCCAUCAUAUUUGUUGUGAGCCAUCUAAAAAUAAUCUGCUGAAGCUAAAACAUUUUGGUUUUGGCUUGAGCAAGCCUCAAAACCGUUUGAAGAGUUUUCUAUGCUUCACUUCUGCAAAGCAAAAUUUCUUUUUUAAAAGUUCUUGCAAGAAGGAGUGGGAAUGUAAUCAGUAUAACCUCUUCUCUGGCAGCUCCAGUGUCUUUGAAAAUUAAUUUGGAAACUUCACUUUCAUGUGAACGUCUGGUUUCGGGAUAACAAACUAAACAGGAAAGUUUCUCUACCUGAGGAUGUGUUUUAAUGCUCAUGAUUAGAUUAUUGCAAUUUAAUUAGUUAAAAUGUACUUGAUGAAUAUUGGCAGUAGAUGCAGCAAUCUAGAUAUACAGUUUUCUCACUUCAGUUUUGGGAUGAACACCAAAAAGCCAGUCCCUUAUGGAAUUUCCCAUGGAGGAAAUAUGCUGGAUUCAUUUAUCACGGUUCACAAAGAAUACAACAUUGCAUCGCUGUCUUACUGAUAAGUCCAUGUUUUGACAACUUUCUUCUGUGGUCUCCAGAAAUUUGCUUAACACUGAUGUCUAGCAUUCAUCAUAAAUUGGCUAUUUUCAAUCUUUAGGAAAUAACUUCGCAGGAAAGAUUUUUAGGGAUUCCAUAUUCUAAGGAAUAAUGAACUAGUUUUAAUUUAGUAAGAAUGGAUAAGACUUGGGCAUGUGUCCUGUAGUGUUUGUGGAAAUAUUUAUUUCCUCACAUCAAAUGAAUUUGAAAAGGCUCUUCAUUUUCUUCCCCAUCCCUUCUUGUCCUAGUUUUAUAAGCAUUUCCCAUCCCCCACCCACAUUGGUUUUCUUCCUGUUUUUCCUCAACAGCUAGCUUCUCUUGAAGAAUAUUGCAUCUUCCCAUUAACUUUAAACCACAGAAAUUUGUAUGGGCAAUGGCUUUAGAAUACCAGUGAUCUUUGGAAAUAUCAGAUAAUUUAGGUUAAUGGUGAGAACUGCAGCUUGGCAAGUUUCAAAAGUAAGCUAAAUUAUUAGUUAUUUUCAAGUAGCAUUGAGAGCACCAGUGCUAAUGAACUCUGAAGUGACAUCCCAUUAACUUUGUAUUAUCUAAAGCAGUUAUUUGAGGAGAGGUAUCUUUUUCUUCAUUGUAGAGGCAUCCCGCUUUCUCAUUUUGAGUACGCUGUUGGUAAACCUAUCUGUCUCUGAUGACAUCUUGCUCCAUAUAUUCCAGGUUUGGACUGCAUGACUGGCUUUAAAAAGGAAUCCAUUAAAUAUUAAAGUGAAGUAUUGAUAAGUUUCGAUUGUAGAAAGAUACUAAGAAGCUUUGUCGGAAUUCCAGUUCAGAUUUUAAAAAAUUAGAUAUUUCCAAUGUUGGCUUACCGUGAGGGGGCUGACAAUAUACAUAUACAAGUUUGUGAUACUUGCCAGAACACUCUUGAAGUGAAUGCAAUUAUAUGAAAUAAGAAAUGUGGAUCAAAAUAUAGAACAGGUUAGUAUUAUUCUGUGUUCUGCCUAUUCUAUAGAAAUUUUAAAUUUUACAAACUCUUGAAGAAUGCUGAAAGACAUUUUGCAAAGUUUUUCUAAGAUGACAGAAUACUUUUUUUUUGCUAAACCUUUGCUAAAAUCAAGCUCACAGAAUAGAUUUGCCCUAAUACAUAUUGAUUUCUCCUCAUCCUAAAGCUGAAUUAUGAUAAAAACACAAUUUUGUGUUUCUAGCUAUUAGUACAAAUCUACUCAAAAAGAAGUCUUAUUACCUUCAGUGACUUUUAUGUAAGCGGUUGUAGGGUUGGAGCUCUGUGUCAAACUGGAACCCUGCUUAAACUAGAAGUAAAAGCAUUCUGGCAGGGCUUCCUCCAUGUUAUAUCUGCUGAUGGGAUUGGCUGAGAUUCUGGGCCCUGCACCUGAGAAAGAUGGUCAGCCAUUGUUCCAAAUAAGGGAUUGUAGCAUAAGAAAACUAAUGCAGCAUUUUAUAUAGUUAACAAAACUAAAUGUUACCUGUGCAUAUCAUUCAGAUUCUGCUGCAUUAAGCGUUGGGAAGGCAGAAAAGAUUCCAUUAAUAGGCCUGCAGCAGCAUUUGCACCGUCCUUUGUAGCUGGAACUUUUGCAAGCCUAAUAGCCGUUUGCUUGAUUUUUCUUGUGGCAUAAUUCCACAUUCAAUGCCUUGGCCCCCUUUCCACAGAAAUAUUCAUACAGAACACUUUUUCUGCCUACAAAAGAUUCUGCCAGCCUUUAAUUUACCUUUGAUGCAUCACAUAGAUGCUGGUGGCAAAGAUGACUAUAAGAAACUGCAGAGGCAGUAAAAUAGUGAUUGUAACUGACACAGUUCUGUCCUUGUAUCAAGACAUUUGAGGCUAGCCUGUAAGUUGCAUAGUGUGAUGACACCAUCCUGUGCACAUUAUUUGCCUUUCCACAUCCCCUUUACCUGGCUGGAAAUCCUUUAGUGUAUUGUCCAAGAAGAGAA